AGCGUGGGGCGGUGAGGUGUGGCCUCCUGCACUGCGCUCACAAGGGAAUAAACAGCCAUAGCCAGAAAGAGACCAUUGUUUACGACUACUAUCGCAUCGUUUGACACCAAUGUGAAGUCAACAUGAAAUGUUUGUGCAACUUUUUGCAACGUUUCUUCAAGGUGUAGUUAUUGGCAGCCCAAACGCCGGAUACAUGGUGUCCUCAUUCGACUAUAAAUAACGCUAUUGGGAGCGCACUAUGAGGUCAGUGUGCUGUGGUCCAUCUCACUGAAACUUUCUCUGCAAACAGGUGGACUUGGGAUAUUUCGCAAAGGUAUCUGAGGCAUCAGCAUGCCAGUCCCCCCUCCUCCCCCUCCGCCUCCUCUGGCUCCCCCUCCACCACCACCACCACCACCACCGCCCAACGCUGCCCUGCCAAAGUGUCCAGCAGAGCCUCCUAAGUUCAAGUCUGGUGGAGGAGGUGGUGGAAGGAAUGCCCUGUUGGCCGACAUCCAGAAAGGAGCCAGACUCAAGAAAGUCACACAGGUCAAUGACCGCAGCGCUCCUGCCGUCGAUAAGCCCAAGGCUAGCACUGGAGAUGUAUCCAGCAGUGUUGGUGCUUCUCAGGGCUCAUCAGGAGGGAUGGCACCCAUUGUACCCUCUUUGGGUGGGCUCUUUGCUGGAGGGUUCCCCACUCUCAGGCCUACAGGACAAAGAGACUUAGCAGGCAAGACUUCAGUGUCCCGAUCGAGCUCCUCAGUCUCCCUGAAGCCUCUGUGGAACCCCCCCACGCCAGCAGACACCAGCAGCGUGUCUGAGCCUCCCAGGACAGGGGAGCUCCGAGGCUCUGUCCACCGUCCGCCCGCUCCCUCGUCCUCUGCUCCUUCCUCCCCCUCUCACAGCAGCAAGCACCUGCCUUCUUUCCCUGCAUCUUCUCCCCCUCCGCAUCCACCCACCCCUCCCUCUGCUCCUCCCCCACCUCUCCCAUCUCAAGCCUUCCAGGACCGGCCGGCCAACAGGCCUCCUCCGCCUCUCCCCUCCUGUCCCCCUCCUCCACCUCCUCCAUCCCAAGUCACCAAGCCCACCUGGCUCCCCAUCCAGCACUCCUACCACACCUCCAUCUCCCAGCCCUCUACUCCUCCUCCUCCUCCUCCUCCACCUUUCCAACCUCCCUCUGCUGUUCCAGGGGACCGCUCCUCAGGGUGCUUCUACACUCCACCCCCAGUCCACUCUGAACCUUCUAGGUUCCCCAUCCUGCGGGACAGCCCACUGGGACCUCCUCCCCCACCUCCUCCUCCCCCCCUCCCAGCUUCUUACACCCCCAGCUGCCCGUCCACCCUCCCCCCUCCACCACCCAAGGUGGCCGCAGUGCCCUCCCCAGCUAUGCGCUCUCUGCCUCCCUCGUACCCCUGCAACGCCCCCACCCGACGGCCACCUGCUGUGCCCAGAAGUGCAGGUGUGGCUCGGCUGGCUCCUCCUCCAGCUCCCCCGGCACGAUCCCCCUCUACCGAGCUGACCAGCCGCAUUCCUCCACCACCGCCACCACCUCCUCUGCCUCCAUCAAGUCUCAGGAAUGGACACCUGCACAACCUGGCAGAUGAUUUUGAAUCCAAGUUCCAGUUCCACCCCGUGGAGGACUUCCCCCCUCCCGAUGAAUUCAAGCCUAUCCCUCGGAUCUACCCCAGCAAAGAAAACAGAGGCAACCCCAAACCACCUGGGAUUAGGACACAUCUAAGAUGAGUCAAGCCCCCCCCCCACACACAAAAGUUAGACUCAAUUUUCAUCCUCCUCAUGACAGCUCAUGAUAAUGACAUAACUGCCAUGGGCUUAUUUUGAUGCAGGCUGUGUGUGUUGUUUCUGUUGAGUGUAUUUUUGUGUGUGUGUGUGUGUGUGUGUGUGUGUGUUAAACAGGGUCCCGCCUUAUUCUGACUAUGUGACCUGUGACCUAUUCCAGUGUGGAAUGUUUUGAAUGUGUGUGAGGAGGAGGACUCUCCCUAUAUACAGACUCUACACACACACACAGACACACACACAC